AUGCGUCCAGUCUUCCUCGAGGAACUGGCAUCGUCACGCGGAGACCGCUCAUUCUCCAACUCAUCAACCGCGCCGCAGCACCACAAUCGAAUGGCGUCUCCGAAGAAAUCAAGUCACGAAUGGGGCGAGUUCCUGCACAUUCCCGGCCAGAAGUUCUUCGACUUCAACAAGAUAAGGGACGAGAUUGUACGAGAGACAGAUGCAAAGACUGGUCGCAAUGCGGGUAUCUCGCCGGCGCCCAUCAACCUGCGGAUAUACUCGCCCAAUGUCCUGACGCUCACUCUGGUCGACUUGCCUGGUUUGACAAAGGUGCCUGUUGGAGAUCAGCCUAGGGAUAUUGAGAGGCAGAUCCGCGAGAUGGUGCUGAAGCAGAUCAGCAAAUCCAACGCUAUCAUAUUGGCAGUCACAGCAGCGAACACCGAUUUGGCCAACUCGGACGGUCUGCAACUGGCACGAGAGGUCGACCCAGAAGGUCAACGGACGAUUGGUGUCUUGACCAAGGUCGACUUGAUGGACCAGGGAACAGAUGUUGUUGACAUUCUCGCUGGUCGCAUCAUUCCACUGCGGUUGGGAUACGUACCAGUCGUGAACCGAGGACAGAGGGAUAUUGAGAACAAGAAGGCCAUCUCCUAUGCGCUCGAGCACGAGAAGCAAUUCUUUGAGAACCACAAGGCAUACCGCAACAAAGCUGCCUACUGCGGUACACCCUACCUUGCGCGCAAGCUGAACUUGAUUCUCAUGAUGCACAUCAAACAAACACUACCCGACAUCAAAGCGCGCAUCGCCUCCUCGCUACAGAAGUACCAAGCAGAACUCGCGUCACUCGGCAACUCCAUGCUCGGCAACAGCUCUAACAUUGUUCUUAACAUGAUCACCGAGUUCACCAACGAGUACCGGGGCGUUCUGGAGGGCAACAACCAAGAGCUUUCCGCAACAGAGCUCUCAGGUGGUGCGCGUAUCUCCUUCGUCUACCAUGAGCUUUACGCGAACGGUGUCAAGGCCGUAGAUCCAUUCGAUCAAGUCAAGGACGUCGACAUCCGAACUGUUCUUUACAACUCUUCCGGAUCAUCGCCCGCACUCUUUGUCGGAACCACUGCAUUCGAACUCAUCGUCAAGCAGCAGAUCAAACGCCUGGAGGACCCCAGCAUCAAGUGUGUAAGCUUGGUGUAUGAUGAGUUGAUCCGCAUCCUCGGUCAACUCCUCGGCAAGAACUCUUUCAGACGGUAUCCCGCACUCAAGGAGAAGCUGCACGCCGUCGUGGUUGGUUUCUUCAAGAAGGCCAUGGACCCGACCAACAAGCUCGUAAAGGACCUUGUUGCUAUGGAGUCGUGCUACAUCAACACCGGUCACCCUGACUUCAUCAACGGAUCGCGUGCUAUGGCAAUUAUACACGAGCGCCACAACUCUAGCAAGCCGACACAAGUGGAUCCGAAGACUGGCAAGCCAAUGCCACCUUCUGUACCCCCGCGAUCGAUAUCACCAUCAUUGGACCCUAACGACGGUGGUGGUUUCUUCGGCUCGUUCUUUGCGAGUAAGAACAAGAAGAAGAUGGCAGCUAUGGAGCCACCGCCAUCGACGCUCAAGGCUUCUGGUACACUCUCAGAGAAGGAAGUGCAAGAAGUUGAGGUUAUUAAACUGCUCAUCACAUCAUACUUCAACAUCGUCCGCCGAACAAUGAUCGACAUGGUCCCCAAGGCUAUCAUGUUGAACCUCGUUACCUGGACCAAGGAGAACAUGCAAGGCGAACUUCUGACCAAUAUGUACAAGACUGACGAGCUGGACGAGCUGCUCAAGGAGUCGGAGUACACUGUCAGGAGGAGGAAGGACUGUCAGCAGAUGGUGGAGAGCUUAUCAAAGGCGCAGGAGAUUGUGAACCAGGUGCAGUAA